AUGUCUUCGCCCGUAGAGAAUAGCAGUCUUUUGUUAGAUGAGGAGGAUGGGAUUACCGAACAGUUCGAAACCUGCCUCGCACACAUCUUCGCAAAAUACUGCACGCCCAAACCCUCUCCCUCCCCUCCAUCCUCCUCUCCACCAUCUGGAGCGCAGUUGUUGUCCCCACCGGAAGGAGCGUACCUAACCGCCGAAGGUCUCGAUGAAUGGGCGCGGGAUACGAAUGGGGCGGAGUUGAGUGCGGAGGAGAAGGAGGAGAUAGGGGAGUAUAUGGAUGUUACGGAGGAUGGAUGCUUGACGUGA